AUGUCUAGAUUAAAGGAAUCUGAUACCGCGGAUUACAUUUCCAGAAUCGGUUCAGGAACUCCGGCAAAUUCUGCCUCGCCACAAGCUGCUGUGUCGCUAGACAAGACGGAUAAAGGUCUCAUCCGUGAAGGACUAGGCAAUUUAAAUCGCUGGUCGCAGUCUACAACAUCUAGCCAAAAUUCGCCGGAAAAUAAUCGCCGACUCGAUUUUACCAGAGUGCCAAGAUCACCUUCCCCAACCACUGGCCAUGACGAACACAUUGACAAUAAUGACGGCUCGGAAAAUCAAAGUCGAAUAGCUUCCGAAACUGGCAUUGAAAUACAUGACGGAUUUCACAUGCCGGAGACAUUCGAUACUUAUGAUGAAUUGCGUACGCAUCGCCCUUUUCAAACGUCGAUCACGUCGAGUUAUGGCGAUCCUGCACCAAAUCACCCAGUCGACGUUGUAGGAGCGACAGUGCCACAGAGUAAUUGGAUAUUUUCUGGUGCCACUGAAAUACCCCAUAACCUUUUCCAAGACCCCUGGGUCAAGGAAAACGGUUCAGGACCUGAUUCUGCCCGGGGCAAAAGUAGUGUGGUUCCUACUCGCCCAGUUCUAGAGGCACACAGUCCACGUGAAUCAGGGCCUAACGCACCAGCAGAGGAAGGACCGCAGUUGAUCUCUGAGGGAGAUAGGAGUCAGGAGAAAAGAAAGCGGGGUCAGUCACAGAAAGCAAUGCUUUCCAAAGCGUUGCAGAAAGCGAAUACCGCAGUUCUUCUCGACAAUGCGGCGAACUUCGAAGGGGCUAUGGAGGCUUACAAUGAUGCGUGUCAACUCCUACAUUUGGUAAUGCUUCGGAGCGACGGAGGAGAAGACGAGAAACAAAAACUUCAAGAAAUACGUGAUACAUAUAUGGUACGAGUCACUGAGCUACAACGUAUGGAUUUUUCAUUUCGAGAUUUGGAUAGCAAAGCCCUCCCUGAGCGUCCGCUAAGUCAAGAAUCAUAUGGUGAAUUAUCUCAUGCAAUCGUUGAUGAGAACGAUGUAAUGGCCAGAGAGAAGCGUGUCUCUUUGCAGCGCAGUUCUAUGGUCCAACCGUUUGAUCUGACGGAAGGGCUAGCGUCCAGUUGGGAUCACCAACCGCGCCAGUCAUUAUUACCGUCACCGCUAGGUGAUCGUACACCGACUACAGCCCAAUCGUCUAAUUCGGUCAAUUUCCAUCAUCCUGGAUCAUCCCGGCGUAUAUCGAAGUUUGAUUACAUGGGUGUUUUAGAUUCUUCGGAAACAAUAACCUCAGGAGUAGAUAUCACUCAUGCUGCUGGCCAGUCUGACUUGUCCUCUUUCGGGGAUCAUAAGAAGGACGUGAAUGAAUCGACGUCUUGGCUCGACACCAUUGAUGAAUCUGGCGCAUCUUCCCCAGCCUCGAUACGCUCAGAAGUGUCAUCAAUAUACUUGCGACAUAGAGGGAGCUUUCAUCAUGCUGUCGGUACCGAGGCCGAAUUUGAUGCUGCCCUUGAUGCUGCUGUGGAAGCUGCAUAUGAUGAAGGUCUGGAACCAGCUGUCGAUCUAGAUGAUAAUGGUAGCAGCAAUGACAUUGUGGCCAAUGCUCGGAGAAAUGUCGAAAUCGCGAAGCAAAAGGUGAGAGAAGCUGAGCGGGAGGCUCAGAUAGCAUUGACACGCGGGCAAGAAACACAACGUCUUCAUGAACAAUCCGCGUACGACGGUGUCAAUGAUAUUAGGACCGAUUAUCUAGAUGAGGAAGCUGAAGAAGAGGAGCGAUUGCUGGAGGAGAUGACCAGAGGCUAUGUUAUGGAUGACUUCGAAUUUGGCAUUCAGUCCAAGUCCGCUCUUCCCCGCCAGUCAAGAUCGGGUAGCCUUUCUAGCAAAUUGCGGGAUGGCUCGACUGCUUCCAAUACUAUGACAGCCCUAAGCCCCCUCGCAGAAGAUGCAAGCCUGCCCUUCACUGAUAAUACAAACUUCGAGCCUAGCGGGUCGUCUCCCCCAAGUCACGGCGCACUUUCGGUUUCGACAAAUUCGGGACAUGCCUCAAUAUCAACGCCAACGGUGCGAGCACGGAGACUAUCGGGUCAGUAUGCCGCGGAACUAAAGAUCGAAACAAACACGGACCCAUUCAGUUUUCGGCCGCCGCCAGUUCCAAAAGAUAGUACCGCUUCAACCUCUACUAUCAAUCAUCAGCCAGGUCGAGCAUCGGGUCCUGCUUCUGCUCUACGAUCAGCCGCGUCCGUGAAGAAUCGAAAUGUCUCAAUUGGAUCGUUUAACGAAGAUGCUCUAUCUAACACAAUCUCAGAAAAGAUGCCUCACCAGGACGAUGAUGGCCGUGAGCUCUCCAAAGUACCAUCUCCAACACGUCCCAUCGGCAAAGUACCUUCAGCACCGGAUAAUCUGGGCAAGCUCAAUACAGGACUGGGAACUUUUCGUCUGAGAAAUAUCUCAGUUUCGGGGCCGGAACCGUUCGUUGAGUCCCCAAACAGUCCGUCAAGCAAUGCGUUUCCUGCCGUCGAUACCCAUAAAGUGCCGAUGACUGGUUCCAUACCUAUAAUCCCCACACCCACUACUGCCAUGAUGUCGGCGAAUGGCUUGCCUAGUGGAGGACUGAAUAUAUUCGAUAGCCAUAUACAUUCCCCGACGAGCCCUGGCUCUCCAAAUUUGUUGGCCACCGAUCCUCCUCUUCCAUUGGAGCCGUGUCCUGAGUCAUUUCUUCUGCGUCCAUUUUGGCUAAUGCGCUGUAUCUAUCAGACAAUUUCUCACCCACGUGGUGGUUAUUUGUCCACGAAGUUGUUUAUUCCUCGAGACGUGUGGCGCGUGAAGAACGUGAAAAUCAAGGCAGUCGAAGAAAAGGUGUCUAACUGCGACUUGCUAACCGCAGCAUUACUCAAGUUGGCAAAGGUUGAUACUUACGAUGCUGAUGCUGUUUUGGAAGAAAUGCAGUCUUUGGAAAGUGUACUUGACCAGGUGCAGAUGUCGCUGUCCAAAAAAAUAGGGAGUGAGGUCGGAGUGCAGGGCGCCAUGCCACUCUUCAAGUCGGCUCAAUUUUUCGAAGACCCAGCAGCCGUCGAUGCGCCGCCCUCAAAACCAUCGAAUGUACCGAGCAAAUCAUAUCUGACCUCCUGGCGUAAGUUACGGUCAAAGAAUUCCGGUGUCAAUGCGACGGCUUCGCUCCCUGCAUCAAAGGACACCAAUAAGGACAAUGCGACCGUUAGCACCAUUCCGAUGACGUCUUUGCCCACUUCCCAGCCAUUGAGGCGCAGGGUGUCUCAAUUGCACUACAAUGGAUCUAAUAACUAUAUGGGAGCCUUGGCACGGCUGUGCGAUGCAGCUCAGGUAUUGGAUCAAAUUGCUCAACAAGUCGAAGAUCCUGGCCUAAGGCAUUCUUCGCCGACGUUAGUCGGCCUAGAGUUAAGCACUCGCCAUGCUGCAGAGUUCUUUGGACUCUACGUUUGUCGGUUUGCCCUGAACGAUAUCGGUAUGAUGCUUGAUAAGUUUAUUAAAAGAGGCAGUGAGUGGGUACUGAUCUGA